UUUUAAAUAUACAUAACAAGCAUUGAAUUGCAAGUUCUAUUCCAUUACCAUCUAGAAUAUGCUGGCCACAAGGAUACGUGAAGAACCCAAUACUAAUAUCAAACAAGAAAAUGGUGGUGCCGAUAAUAAUAAUAAUAUCAAAAUCGAAGACAAUCAACCUAAGGUGUCUAAUGAAGUUGAUAACUCGAAUCUAGAAACUAAUAUUGAUUCAUGGUUAUUUCUGGAAAAAUCAUUUCUUGAAUCAUCUCCAAGUCGACAAGUGUUGAAAUUAACUAUACCUCAAGAAUUAAAAGAACGAGAUAGUAGCCAUCAAUUCAUUAUUCAAAUUGGAUCUAAAUUAAAACUAGAUAGCAGGACUAUCUUAGCUGCUUCUAUAUAUAUUAAUCGAGUAUUUAUGAGAAUACCGAUUAAAAAAUCAUCAAAACAAUUUGUGGCAUGUGCAGCUAUAGCAUUGGCAUGUAAGUUACAUGAUACAUAUCGAACCCCGGCUAAGAUUGCCUUGGAAGCAGCUAUAGUGGCUAGUCCAGGUAGAGUGGUUGAUGAACAAAGUCAAGUAUUUUGGAUGUUUAGAGAUCAAUUAUUAUAUCGAGAAGAAGUGAUUUUAAAAACGUUGAAUUUCGAUUUAAAUAUUGAAUUACCUUAUAAUAUUCGAGAUGAUCUCAUUAAAGAAUCUGCUCCUGAUAAUUCCAUAUAUUAUUCUAAAAAGCAAGAAAUCUUAAGACAAACUACAACCCUUAUAGAAUUAUUAUCAUCAUUGCCCAUAUUCGUCAUAUAUGAUACUUAUACAGUGUUUGGAAUGGCAUUAAUAUUAAUCAUCAUAGAAGCAAGAUCAAAAUUUGAAACUCCAGAUUUGAAAUUACCCAAGAAUUAUUUAAGAAUUAAAUUACAAGUUGAUGCAAAUUUAUGUUAUCAAUGUUUUGAAUUCAUUCAAAAACUUUUAAAAUAUUGUGAUAGUGAUCCAAAGGCCAUAAGUAAUAAAUCAGCUAAGAAAAGAAUAAGGCCAGUUUCAUUCUCGGUAUUUAAAGAUGCUGCCAAUGAAGAAGAUUAGUUAAGUAAUCUGAAAAUAUAUGUCAUCAACAUCAUCGUCAUUUAUAGUUCUUUGAUUGUUUCUGUGUAGAUCUCUAUUCUUUUUGGUCUCGUUCUGUGUGAGAU